AUGAUCGGGGAUAGGGAUAUCUCGGAUCAUUGUCCGAUUUGGAUCAUGUUGGAUAACAAAAAUUGGGGACCGAAACCGUUCAAAUUCAACAAUGAAUGGUUUUCUUCGGAGGCUUUUAUUCCGUUUGUGGAGAAGGAGUGGAAUAGUUUGGAUGUUCAAAGUAGAGGAGAUUUCAUCUUAAAGGAUAAACUUAGACUUUUCAAAGAGAUUCCCAAGCGAUGGAAUAAGGAGGUGUUUGGUAAGAUCGACUUGGAAGUUGAAGAUGUUGUUCAUGAUAUUAAUGUCGUCGAUGAAAGGUUAGAUUUCAAAUCUUUUCCAUCUUUUUUUGAUGAUGACGUGAUCCGUAGGAAAGAAGCUUCUUGUUGCUUUUGGAAGAAUCUUAGAAUUAAAGAAAAUAUGCUUUUGCAAAGAUCUCGUUUGAAUUGGCUUAAGGAGGGUGAUUCGAAUAGUGGUUUCUUUCACAAAGUAAUGAAACAAAGAAGAAGAAGCAAUCAUAUUGGCCCGAUUCUUUCUUCGAGAGGUUUGGUGGAAACAGUGGAAGAUGUGAGGGAGGAUGUUUUUUCUCAUUUUGAGAGAAAAUUUACCGAUCCGUACGGUAUUAGACCUUUGCUGGAUGGGGUCCCUUUUAAGGCUAUUAAUGGGGAGGAAGCGGAGGAAUUGGAGGAACUGUUUCUUGAGGCAGAGAUUAAGAAGGCGGUUUGGGAGUGUGGAGGAUCGAAGAGCCAGGGGCCCGAUGGUUACUCUUUUCUCUUCUUUAAGAAGUGUUGGCAUAGUAUUAAAGAAGACGUUAUCAAUUUUUUCAAUCAUUUCUUUACGGGAGGUUCUAUUGCCAAGGGUAUCACUUCCUCUUUUUUUACUCUUAUUCCGAAGUCAAAAAAUCCGAUUGGUUUGGACGGGCAAUUACUAGAUGGGGUUGUAGUGGCAAAUGAGGUGGUGGAUUUUGCGAGGAAGGAGGGAUGCAAUUGUAUUCUCUUCAAGGUAGAUUUUGAAAAGGCUUACGACAAUGUAGGGUGGAGUUUCUUACGAUACAUGCUUCAAAGAAUGGUAUUUGGGGAAAAGUGGAAAAGAUGGAUGGAGCUUUUGGUUUUCUCUUGCAAUAUAUCGGUCCUUGUGAACGGAAGCCCCACAAAGGAAUUCAAGGUUGGAAGAGAGAAAUUUCCACUUCUUGGGAAUUCCAACCGGUUUCAAUCCGAGGAAGGAAGCUUCUUGGAAUCCUCUUCUCCAAAAAAUGAGAAAUCGCUUGGAAGGAUGGACGAAUCAUUUUCUAAAUUUGGGAGGCUGUAUCACUCUUCUCAAAUCCGUUCUUAG